CCAUGUGGCCUCGGUGGGUGGACGGACGGACGGUCCACCCUGCUGCCUGUUGUUCAGCCAUUCCUCCAAUGAGAGCCGGGCUGCCGCUCAGUCCCAGUCCAAUGAGAGCAGCAGGGUCUGGGCUCGGAUCGAGAGUUGGGUUGUUCAAUCUGUGAAGGAGGACAACAACCAGCUCUUGAGUGUACCGGAUGGAUGGAUGUUGGCGAUGAUUGUUCCUGUUGGUUUCGGUGGUGACAGCGGACAUGGGUGAUCAAGCUGAACAGUGCUGUUGAGUUCUCUACAGAUGUUGUGAUGUAUUGUCCAAAUCCUGAUCAAGCAAACUACUUUUACAAAUGAGUUGCAGCUUGGUUACAGGACGUGUGUCCUAUCACUGAGGCCACAUGUGUAUCAGGAGAGAUGGAUCGUUGUAAGCACGUGGGACGCCUUCGUCUGGGCCACGACCAUUCCAUCCUAAAUCCACAAAAAUGGCACUGUGUCGACUGCAGCACCACCGAUUCUGUGUGGGCUUGCCUCAAGUGCUCCCAUGUGGCCUGUGGACAUUUCAUGGAGGAGCACUCACUCAAACACUUUCAGGAGUCACACCACCCACUGGCUAUGGAGGUGCGUGAGCUGGAUGUCUUCUGUUUCGCCUGUGGAGACUAUGUACUCAAUGAUAACGCGGAGGGAGACCUCAAACUCCUCAGAGGGGCGCUCUCUACUGUCCGCAGCCCGGGUAGACGCUCACUACGCUCCUCAACUGGUGGGGAGUCCACCCCCUGGCUUGGGGAAGGUGGGCCACAGCCUGCCAUGCAGCUGGCCCUGCGUCACAGGAGGAAAGCUCUUCUAGGGAAGAUGCUUCAGAUGUGGAUCAGCAAACAUCAGGAGCUGCAGGAUCAACGUAAGGAGAAACUUGAGGAAGCUAGAAGACAAAAAAAAGAAGUGAAAAGGAGACUCAUGGAAGAGCUUGGCAGCGUCCCUCCCAGAAAGAGUGCUAGGCUUCUUACUCAGGCGCCACGUUCAACCAUCACACUCAUUCCUCGCAAAUUUCGCGACCCUCCAGAACGCCUACCUCCUCCUCCCAAGAAGCCUUCCCUUCUAACCCUCUCCCGAAAGGCUCCUCAGAAUGGCAGAGCUGCCAAACUGAGGAGAUACUACUCCACACACACGGUAACCCGCCGGAGACUUGCUCCAGGUGUCACUGGUCUGCGCAAUUUGGGGAACACAUGCUACAUGAACUCAAUAUUGCAAGUGCUGAGCCACCUGCAGAAAUUCAGGGAGUGUUUUCUCACUUUGGACCUGUGUGAGACUGAGGAGCUGUUGGCCAAGACCAAUAACUCCCAGGGCAUGAAGGGUGUGACAGGAGGUGUAGUCAGCAGUGGUAACACAGCACUGUCAGGGUGCCCUCUUGGACGCAUGGGGAAGGCAGGCAGUUGGAAUUUGUCCACGGGCAAAAAAGAAAGUACCCCUCCUUCCCCACAGGCUGCGGAGUUGGUCCAGCCCAAGGAGCCUCGGUGCUCCACCCGCCAGCAGAUGUCUCUGUGCCAUGAGUUGCAUACACUUUUCAGGGUCAUGUGGUCAGGCCGGUGGUCUUUAGUGUCUCCUUUCGCCAUGCUGCACUCUGUGUGGAACCUCAUUCCAGCUUUCCGUGGGUACGACCAGCAGGACGCCCAGGAGUUCUUGUGUGAGCUGCUGGACAAGGUGCAGCAGGAGCUGGACACAGAGGGGUCCAAACGCAGGAUAGUUAUCCCCAUCACAAAGAGGAAACUAUCCAAGCAAGUGCUAAAGGUUCUUAACACCAUCUUUCAUGGGCAGCUACUCAGCCAGGUGACGUGUCUGUCCUGUAAGCACAAGUCUAACACAGUUGAGCCAUUCUGGGAUUUGUCUUUGGAGUUUCCAGAGCGAUACCACAGCAUAGGCAAAGGCUCAGGCUCCACAGCUUACCAGCGCAGCUGCACCCUCACAGAGAUGCUGUCCAAGUUUACGGAGAUGGAGGCUCUUGAAGGCAGCAUCUAUGCCUGCAACCACUGCAACAAAAGAAGACGGAAAUCAUCCCACAAACCCUUAGUUCUGUCAGAGGCAUGUAAGCAGCUUCUGAUCUACCGUUUACCUCAGGUUCUACGGCUGCACCUCAAACGCUUCAGAUGGUCGGGGCGGAACCAUAGGGAGAAAAUCGGCGUCCAUGUGGCCUUUGACCAAGUUCUGAACAUCAAACCAUACUGCUGCACAGGCUCAGGUCACUCUGUCCACAGAGGAGGCUACACCUACGAUCUGUCUGCUGUAGUUAUGCAUCAUGGGAAAGGCUUCGGCUCAGGGCACUACACCGCAUACUGCUACAAUACAGAAGGAGGUUUCUGGGUCCACUGUAAUGACUCUGAGAUGAAGGUUUGCAGUGUGGAAGAAGUGUGCAACACUCAGGCCUAUAUUCUCUUCUAUACCCAGAGGUCUGCCUAGGUACCUCUCGCUGUGAUCUCGACCUGUACACGGCAACUAAAGGCUGCAUUUAUGAAAAUGUUCUCUGAUGUUUUCCCAGAUGUCAUUAAACAAUCACUUUGAAAUGAUUUACUAAAAAAAGAUGACAAUGAGGGCAGUAGGACAGUCACGAUCAUGAGUCAAGGUGAAAAUUUUAGCAGCAUAAUCUGGAUGAGAAAGAUGAUAAUAAAGUUAUCUGUAUACUGUGAUGUUGCCAAGGAAAAUAAUAGGUGAAUUUGAUUUAAAAAGUUCUAAUAGAUGUCUUUUGAUUAUAUAAAAAAAUAAAAAUAAAUCAAAAACCUUUUCAUAAAUGAGGCCACAGGUUUCCGAGCCUGUGGGACCAGCAUAUUGGUUAAUGGCCUGAAGACUGUGGGAGCAGGUCCGACUCUGUCCUGCUGAACACCAAGAUGUGUGUCCAUGUUUUUAAUAAAACAAUCAGGCUCAUGUCUGUUGAGUCUGGAACCAACCAGGCACUCUCCUGAGACUGCAUUUUACAUUCAAAGGCAACACAGAUUAUGGAUUUUGGAGCAUUUUAUUACAAUAAUGUUGCUCAUGUGCGUUUGAGGUACAUCUUCCAACAUCAUUGUAUAGUUCCACUUUGGAUCUACAAACAGAACCGACUGAAGUCCAGACUCUGUGUUGCCUCCUGUUCAGCUUUUUGAUUAUUGUGAAAUGUCACUCCUGGAAACUUUUAAUACUCAUCCCUGUGUCAUUUGUAUUUCAUCAUGUCCUCUCCUCAAGUGUACUGCUAUGACUGGAUACUGUGUCCUGCGCUCUCAGUGAACAAGAAUAGUUUUUGUUUUAGUUUAUUUUGUAGUCAUUCUAUGUUUCACUUCCAUGAAAGGAAGCAAAAAGUACGAGUUUCAGACACUUUUGAUUGACGAUGAGUGACGGAAAGCUGCACUUUUGAGGAGGGGCUAAUAUUGUUGGUCCUAUCUUUGUGAUUGUUCAUCUUCUAGCUCCUGUAUCUUCUUUAAAUGGCAGCUCCCCCUGUGGUGUUAACGGUUAGACUAGUCUGAGCCCGGGUCGGAGACACUGCGCCUGUGUUUGAACUGCAGGAGAUGGAAAAAGUGAGUGAAGUGGGCAGACUGCGAUACUGAAGAAUGUGUUUUUUGGAGACUUGGGGUACCCAUUUUGAGUUGAGCACCUGAAAGCAAUAUAUUGUACAUCUUGCAUCUUGACAGGAAAGAUAAAAUCAGGAAUUCUUCUGCUUGUUAUACAAUGUUUUUUUCUACUCUGCUGUUUCUAUCAAGGUCUUUAGAAUUUGCUAGGUAAUCAAGAAAAACUGUUGUGUUUGAUACGAGUCAAAUGCAAAAUACAUUUGUGAACUCUUAUGUAAAAGUUGGAACAAUCUAAUGACGAUGAAUGUCUUACUUUUUAGUGGUCAGGUGUGGCCAUGCCACUGGCUCUGAUCCCCUUGAGUUCUGUCUUGUACUGUAAGAAUACCUGUCAUAAAUGUAAUGGUCAUAUGGGUUUUGCCUGACAGUAAUUAUUAAAAAGACAAAGCAAA